AUGACCCAUCAAAUCCACUCCAAUUCUACAAGACUUGCCAGUCUGGGGAGGGAUGCCUUCAACUUCUUCGAGCAGGUCCUCCAAAUCUUUACAGAGGACAAUCCUUCUGACCGAUUGUCUCCCCAAAAUCACUCUUCGUUUCUCCGAGAAUAUGAGCGAUUUAAAAUUUGGGCCGUGGAUCUUGGGUUAUUGGUACCAGGCCACGGCUCCCUCGACUACCGCCUUCGCGAGGCGGAGAGUCUAGCCCGCACCUUCGAAACCCACCUGUCUGAUUUGAAUCGAUAUUUGGAAGAAACAACUGUAUUCGGAGACUCGAAGAAGCUACAAGCGGAAAACGUCGAUGCAAUUCUGGCACGGAUCGAAAACAUCUCCGAAGGCGAGCAGGACAAUGAAGCGGCUAUUUCAGAGGACGACAGCGAAGAUGAAGAGCAUGAGCCGCAGUGGUAUAUAGAUCUCCUGCUAGCAAGCGUCAUAGACGUGAUUGAUCACCUAUUCAGAUUGUCAACGCUCAUCAGGAACCCAUCCAGAAGACUCGCCUCCUCCAAGGCCAAACUCUUUCAGCACAUUGACGAGGACUCCGGUGUCGACCUGAUCAACGCUUUUGGACACUACGAUCACGACUAUGUUCUCUCAGUCUUUCGUGACUAUCAGUCAAAAGUCCCAGACGAAAUCCAUCAACAGAACAUUGGUGCUCUACAGACAACCGAUCACGACGCUGAAACGUGGCACAGCGUCGAGAACUGCACACUCUGUAAAUCAGGCAUGGAGAUUGCCGAAGAAAUAUCUUCAAUCAAUCCAGAUGACCAAAAUAGUGGCCAAAACAGUGUCGGAGGCGAAGGAAUAGCACCAUUCCUCAUUCAUCGGAUUGCGCGCGCCAACAUUCUGAGACGACAACAAUUCGGUUACUGGAAGGAGCAUCGCGGCAAGCUUGUAAAACAUACAGAGCUAGCCUUGGAGCAAAGAAGACCAGCAACCAGGCCUGUCGAUCACAACGUUUCCAAAGAUUUUGAUAUGGGAAACAAAGGGGGCGAAAGAACUGUUCUAAAGCUUACCGAUCUUCUGGCACCUCCCACCGUGACAACAGCGACCACACUGCAACCUACUUCCAUAAGCUUGACAGAUAACAAGUCAGUAACUUCUGUUUCGGAAUAUGCUCCUUCAGACUGGGGCCCAGGUCGUGAAGUCGUUGAAUUCCCACCGCCGCCAAAAAGACCGGCCGGCGAGAAAUUCUUCGAGUGCCCCUAUUGUUUUACAAUCUGCCCCAGGCAAAUGCUCACAGAGAAGGCAUGGAAGGCCCACUUAAUCCACGACCUGCGACCAUAUAUCUGCACCUACCCUGCUUGUAAAACCGCGAGCCAACUAUACGACACACGCCGAGCUUGGAUUGAACACGAAAAUAGUUUCCACAGAAAACAAUGGCGCUGUCCUGAUCAUGUUGAUUUGCUUUACCCUUCGAUUGAUGCAUAUGUGGAGCACAUCAAAACUGAGCAUGAGAAUGAGGCGAUGUUUCUAUGCUCUGAAAUCCAUCUUCGUGCCAGCGAAUCUUUCUCCUCGGCUGCAGAUAGACCCUGUCCCAUCUGCUUUUUCUCUCCCACCGACACAAAGUCAUUGCAGUCCCAUCUUGCUUCUCACUUGGAACGAUUGGCGCUCUUCUCUCUCCCUCGUUCUACCGACGAUGACGAGGCUGAUAAUGGUGAAGCGGAAUCUGCCGUUGCGGUCGGGGAAGUGCAAUACUCCCGUGACGGGGAUUCUGAAUCAUCAGUCGGGCUCGGGGACGAAUGGGACAACCUCUUGGAAGCUGUCGACAUUGGUGACAAUGAAAGGGUGCAGUUUAUCUUGCGUAACGGGGAUGGAGAUGAGAGUUCUCAUGCGACAGAACUUGAGCAUGCUCUGAUCAAGGCUGCAGGAGGUGGCCAAUUGGGAAUUGUGCGGACACUGCUUGACCAUGGAGUAAACAUCGAGGCGCGCGGGCCAUACGAGCACUGGGAGCGGACGCCCCUGAUGGCAGCUUCGGCAGAAGGUCGCGUGGAUGUGGUGCGACUGCUAUGUGAUCGUGGUGCUGACAUCGACGCUUGCAAUGAGAGUGAAAGUGCACUUGUGUCAGCGUCUGAGAAGGGGCAUAUUGACGUGGUUCGACUUCUGUUAGACAAAGGUGCAUCUGUCGACAAAAGUGGUGAGCAUGGACGAACCCCUCUGUUUCAGGCAGCGGCUGAAGGCCAUGAUGAGGUGGUACGGCUGCUCCUGUACAGAGGAGCAAAUAUCAAUGCCGUGGCUGAUGAAUCCCCCCUCCAGGCGGCCUCGAUAAGCGGCCGCGAAACUGUAGUAGACAUCCUGCUGAAUGCGGGGGCUGAUGUCAACUGGAAACAUACAUAUACUGCUCUGCAAGUGGCAGCGGAGAUGGGUAGAGACAAAAUUUUAAAAAAGUUGUUGGAGGCAGGCGCCGAUCCCAAUGCUCGAGGCACUGAAGGUACCACCGCGCUCAUCUUGGCUGCAGGGGAAGGAGAAGCAGAUACUGUCAGGCUGCUUCUCGAAGCAGGAGCUGACAUAAAUGGGGCAAAUGCUCAGAAUGAGACCGCACUCCAUUUGGCAUCUAGAAAAGGCCAUGAGGCCGUGGUGAAGUUGCUGAUAGAAGCUGGAGCAGACCUGGAGAAGUCCAAUAAGCGAAGUGGUACCGCUAUUCAGGCAGCGAGGAAGACAGGCCAUGCCAACAUUGUUCAGAUUCUUCGAAAUGCAGGCGCAAGCGAGCAGCCCAAAGACUAUCAUAUGGAUGAUUUGAUCCAAUACGGCCCCGUCACCAAGCCGAAGAUGUCAAAUCCGUCUCCACCGACUCUCCCCCGGUCUUGGACAAUUCAGUUGCACAAUGACAAGGCAGAGAAUCUUAACCUUUCUCUGGUUCAUGAUAUUGCGCAAGACUCGGUAGUGGCUUGCGUGAACUUCUCCAGAGACGGAAGGUAUCUCGCUGUCGGACUUUGUCGGAGUGCUCGGAUCUUCGACCUCGAAGACAUGUCGAAUGUCACCGAGCUUGAACAUGGGUCUGCUGAUGACGCAGAUCUAUUUGUGCGCUCGGUCUGCUUUUCGCCGGAUGGUAAGUUUCUUCUGACUGGUGCAGGUGAUCUUACGCUUCGUCUGUGGGAAGUUGAAACCCACCAAUUGAAGAGAGCGAUUCCUGGUUAUUCGAUGGACAUAUAUGCUGUCGCUUUCUCUCAGGAUGGCCGCAUCUUCGCGUCAGCGUCGGGCGACGGAGAUAUUCUUCUAUACGAUUGCGACACCGGAUCCAACAUCUCGAGGUUCACUCACGACGAAGGUGCUACGUCUGUCUCAUUUUCCCCAGAUGGGCGAUAUGUCGCGGUAGGCGGGCUUGACAAAAAAGUUUGUCUGAUCUCGCUGGAAGAAGAGAGGCUCUUUCGUUUACCACAGGAUUAUGGACACCAGGAUUCUGUGAUAAGCGUAGCAUUUUCCAGAAGUGGCGAUAAAAUAUUCAGCGCUAGUCUGGACCGAACUAUCCUAUGCUGGGGCUUGGUGACGGACUCAGACGAUUGGUAUGUCUGGACGCGAGAAAUGACUGGACACGAGGACUAUGUGCUCUCAGUUGCGGAAACAGGAGACGCACAAUGGAUCGUAUCGGGCUCGCGGGACAAGACUGUGCGAAUCUGGAGUAGCGACACCGGGGAGCCACAGGCCACCUUGAAAGGUCACAAGAACUCUGUAGUCUCGGUGGCGACAUGCCCAAGCAAAAGGUUGAUAGCGACAGGAUCAGGAGACAUGACGUUCACGAUAUGGGGCUAUGAUUGA